CGGUAUAGUGUUCAGUGUCAGACCGCGUUCCGUCUUGGCCGGCAGUCCCUCGAUUUCGGUUUUCCAAAGAACACGCACACACACACACACACACACGGUUCCGAUAGUGAUAUUGUCGUUGGUGCGAUGAACACGCCGACUUAGACACACACCAGGACGACCACCUGCUUUGACGGUUGUGACCAAAUCGUAAAAAUUAUGCGUCUCAACUUGAACAGUAAUGAAGAGUCGGACAUCAAAGAAAGAUUCGUGAACGGCGUAAAGGCAAAGACGGGAUUAGUUCGGAUAAACGAUUCUAACAGAGGAUCGAUAGCGGUGCGGUUGGUGUUGACGUUGGAAUGCCUGAAGCUUCAGAAGAAAGAGGAUGUGGACAAUCAUCCGUCAUCGUCGUCGUCGGCCGAAGACACCUUAGAUAACUUUCAGCCCAGCCCGAACUACUAUCUGAGGUAUGUGACGGUGACGAGAAAAAACGGCAGCCUCGGCAUAAGCGUAAAAGGCGGACGAGAGAACAACUUGCCGAUACUUAUUUCUAAAAUACCCGAAGGAGGAGCGGCUCACAAUACCAAAAGAUUAUUCGUGGGCGACGCAAUAAUCAAAGUUAACGACCAUUUGAUUACAAACGUAUGCCACGACGAUGCUUUGCAAAUGCUACGAAGUUCCGGACACAACGUGACGCUAUUAGUUAAGCAUUACAAAGCAGCAGCACCGUUCUUGCUCGGGCCCAGAGGAAAUAACAAUAACAAUAAUGGAGAGAGCGAAGAGGAGGAAGACGACGUUUGGGUGGAUUUUAUCUCUAUUCCCUUAUUGAUGGGUUACGUGACCAGGUACGUGCAAGGCACCGACAAGCUGCGGAGAAACGGGUUCGAAGUGCACGGGAUGAACGGCACUAAUUCCAGUAUUAUUCACUGUGACAACGUCAACAGUUUGUCCGAAUGGAUCAAAUGCAUUACGGAAAACAUUGCUAACUUAGCGGAAAUACAAAUCAAGCUGUACAAUUUAAAUUUUGGCAUCAACGAAAAAAUCGAAUACAUGGGUUGGGUAAACGAAGGCGUGUUGAACAAUAACCAUCCGUGGCAAAGUUACUGUGCCAGGUUUAUGAUAAUCAGAGGGCGAGACGUUCUGCUGUUCGAUACACCUCCAAUGUCCAUAUCUGAGUGGUUGGACUGUGAAGUCGUGUAUAAGCUGUACGAGUCAAUGUUAAGAGUUGUGAAGGACACCGAAAACGUAGACCAGAGGCAAAAUUGCUUCCUGCUACAGACGUGUAGCGGAGUUUCCCGGUACUUUUCGAUGGAAACCAAACAAGGUCUGCUGGACGUGCAAUGCGCUUGGCACCGGUCGAUUUGUACGUCCAUGAUGAACAUUAAAAGUAGAACGUUUUACGUUUUGCACGGAAACAACCAGCAGCCGUCCAAUCUAAUACUGGACUGGGAUAACGGGUUCACCCUGUACGACAACUGGACCAACUCAAACAUUUGGACUUACAAAUUUUCAGAGCUCCGGGGCUCGUCGGACGAUCAUAUUUCCCGGUUGAAACUUCAUUUCAACAACGCCGGUUGUAUUGAGACCAAGGAACUGGUUUGUCAAGAUCUGCAGAGCUUACUGUUUUGCGUGCACGCUUUUUUGACAGCAAAAGUGGUUUCAGUGGACCCUUCGUACUUGAACACGGAUAGCAUUCAGCAAUAAUUGCAACUUGCAAUACAAUAUUAUGAUGUUCUUAUAUUUUAUUAGCAAAACUUUUACGUAUCAUCAUAGUCCAUAAUAUACCUAAUAUAUAAAUUGUGUAAUAAAAAAUUAAUAAACGCUUGAUCGACAAAAUGUCAUAAUCACAUACCGUAUGCGUAUGCAGGUAUGUAUUAUACGGGUGUUUCAAAUAUUAAUAAUUAUGGCGAAGAAUGUUUUUCUUAAAAUUGGACCUGGGAAAUUAAAUUUGCAAAACGAUGAUUUUUCAUAUAAUAUUUGAUACUCGUGUGCCUUCACGAUUUUGUAUACUUACCGCCCUUUGUCCUUUACCCUCGUGUAAGUUUUUUUUUUUAUUAAAUUGUAUUUAUCUUUAACGUUUAGUUUAAUAAAAAACAAAGACUUUAUAGGCGCGAA